AUUCACGUAACUGUUGACAUCAUCAAUACGAGUCAGCUUUCGGAGUGAGUGACGGUGAAAAAGCUAAGAUACAGUUUUGGAUGUUUAUUGAAGUAUCUGCGCAUUUUAAACAAUUUAUUUAAAAGCAUAUUGUGUCGUUUAUUUGCGGUAAAAUAUCAUGGUAGGUAGACAAUCUACUUGGUAUUUGUAUGGCUACGUAAUUGCCUUGGCUAACGUUAGCUGAUGCCAGCCCCAUUCCAGUGUGAUUAUGGUACUUUGAUUGACAUGUAUUAAUUUGGAAACAUGUUUAUGCCAAGAGCUCUGAAAGUGAAGAGACACACAGACGACACAAGUCAGGUGGUCAAGAAAAAGUGCACAGUGGGCCAGGAGAAGGGAUUCAGCGACAGCACAGGACAAACCCCUAGCCUUGAUAGUAUCUGCACAACUCUUGUUGCAUUUGAAGAGACAAACACGAACACUGAGACACUGCUCACGGUUGACUGCCUGGACACGAUCCGUCCGACCGUAGAACAGUGUACAGGGAGCCAUGAAUCAGCCCCGCAGUACCAACAGUCCCCUGAGUCUGACCCGGAGGACAGCGAUAAGGAUGACGAGCCUGUUAAAUCCUCAAAAAAAUGCCAAAGGUGGCCUGAACCAGGGGAGCCCAUCUGUGUGAUGUGCGGCCGUUUUGGGGAGUACAUCUGCGACAGCACCGACAACGAUGUGUGCAGCUUGGAGUGCAAAGCCAGUCAUCUGGCUAAAAUGGGUAUGAGCACAGGCGGAAGUGCCUUUAACCGUAACCCAGGGGACGAGAGGAACUCCCCGAGUGGACAGCACGCGGCAGUCCGUGGCGACCGCAGUGCUGAGGACUUGGACUAUUCUUACGAGGAAGACGCGUUUAUCUCAGGGUUGACCGAGGAGCAGUUGCGACGUGUGAAGCAGGAGUUGGGCAUUGCCACGGAAGGCAGGGAGGUUGGCAGACCCAUUGUUGAGUUCGAGCACUGCAACCUCCCGCCGACCAUUGGUGCGAACCUGAAGAAGGCUGGGUACGAAGCGCCCACCCCGGUUCAGAUGCAGAUGGUGCCAGUCGGGUUGAGUGGCCGGGACGUGAUUGCCAGUGCUGACACAGGCUCGGGGAAGACUGUGGCCUUUCUGCUGCCUGUGGUAGUGCAGGCUUUGAAGCAUCAGAGACGAGUGGAAGGUUGUCCAGGCGGUCCGACGGCCCUUGUCCUGACACCCACCCGAGAGCUGGCCAUACAGAUCGAGAGGCAGGUCAAAGAGCUGGUGGUGGGCGUCGCCAACAUGAGGACUGCCUUGCUGGUUGGGGGCAUGCCGCUGCCACAGCAACUCCACCGCCUCAAGAGGACCAACAAGAUAAUUAUAGCCACCCCAGGACGUCUUCUAGAGAUCCUGAAGCAGAAGGCGGUACAGCUGGAUGGAGUGAGGGUUGUGGUUGUUGAUGAGGCAGACACCAUGCUGAAGAUGGGCUUCCAGCAGCAGGUCCUGGAGGUUCUGGAGCAUGUCCCUGAUGAGCACCAGACCCUUCUCACGUCUGCCACAAUCCCAAAGAGCACAGAGCAGCUGGCAGCCAGGUUAACCCAGGACCCGGUCCGCAUCACCAUCGGUGACAAGAACCAGCCCUGCGCCAACAUCCGCCAGAUCGUACUCUGGGUGGAGGAGCCAUCCAAGAAGAAGAAGCUCUUUGAGAUUUUAAAUGAUGGGAAGCUGUACCAGCCUCCGGUUGUGGUGUUUGUAGACUGUAAACCUGGGGCCGACUUGCUCUGUGAGGCAGUUCUGAAGGUCAUGGACCUCAAAGCGGUGGCCAUCCACUCUGACAAGACUCAGCUGGAACGCAACCGCAUCCUCAAGGGGCUUCUUGAAGGAGACUAUGAGGUGGUGGUCAGCACUGGGGUACUGGGCAGGGGGCUCGACCUGGUUAACGUCAAACUGGUGGUCAAUUUUGACAUGCCACGAAACAUGGAUGAAUAUGUUCAUCAGGUGGGGAGAGCUGGCAGGCUGGGCCACCGUGGAACGGCCAUCACGUUUGUCAACAACAACAACAAGCACUUGUUCCUGGAGGUGGUGAACCGGGUGAAGCCCACGGGCUCCCAGCUGCCCCCCCAGCUUCUCAACUCCCCCCACCUCCAUGAGCAGCAGAGGAGGGAGAAGCAGAAAGCCAAGCAAAGGGGAGAUGAUGACGUGAUGGUCACCAAGACGAAUCUCCUCGACAUCAUCCGGAAACACAGCAAGAGCUCGAAGAGAUAAAACAGUUCGGUGGAUGGACUUUUUUAUUGCUACUGUGUGCCUUGAUUCAUUUUUUAACAUUAAUAAAUGUAUAUAAAAGCUUGA